UUUGCCGCUGUUACGUAGAUCCGCCGCAAAGGAUUGUGGGUCUUUUUUUGUCGUUUUCGGCUCGGGACGCGGCAGCGCGAUGGGCAAGUGUCGUGGACUUCGUACAGCCAGGAAGCUGCGCAGUCACCGUCGUGAACAGAAGUGGCAUGACAAACAAUAUAAGAAGGCCCAUCUGGGCACUGCUCUGAAAGCCAACCCUUUUGGGGGAGCUUCCCAUGCUAAGGGAAUUGUCCUGGAAAAAGUUGGUGUAGAGGCUAAACAGCCGAAUUCUGCCAUUAGGAAGUGUGUUCGAGUUCAGCUUAUCAAGAAUGGCAAGAAGAUUACAGCUUUUGUUCCCAAUGAUGGCUGUUUGAAUUUUAUUGAGGAGAACGAUGAAGUCCUGGUUGCUGGCUUUGGUCGGAAGGGUCAUGCUGUUGGUGACAUUCCUGGAGUUCGCUUCAAAGUUGUUAAAGUAGCCAAUGUUUCUCUACUAGCCUUGUACAAAGGCAAGAAGGAGAGACCCAGAUCAUAAUUCCUGUGAUGCUGUGACUGGAUCUAAUAAACAUUUUUGCUUUAAUAAGGUUUCCCUGAUGAGUCUUUCAUAAAAUGGCCCAGAAUGUGUGUCUGUGUAAAUUUUUCAUGAUGCUUUUGACUUUAUUCUUACACAAUAUCCCAGAGUUGCUUUGUUUGUAAGAAAAUCCUGCCGAGCUCAGGAGAUUUUCAUUAGUUUGCAUCAAUGUGGGUACAGCUUCUGUUCUAAAUAGGAUCCAUUUUGAAUUAAGAAAAUGAAAAUUUUAAAGUUUAUUUUGUAAUACUGAUCGCUAAGAAAAGUAUAUUUUCUUUGAUGUAGUAAUGUAACAAGGGACAUGCAAGGGUACAGAAUAAACCAUUUAUUUAAGUAAAUGAAAUCUGUCUUUUAAACUUUCCAUAGCAGUUUCCAGAGGAUUGUAUACCCUGUUGGACAUCUUUGCAUGUGAGGAAAAAAAAGAAUUUAAAAUAUUAGGCAAAAGACAUAGUUGGAAUUAAUUAAUCAAAGAAUUUAAAGGAAAAUUGGUAGCCUUUGACCCCAUAAGUGCCAUUCUAACUUCAAAAUGGUCAUAACUGAAAGACUACCCAUAUAGCCUUGUCUCAAUUUUUUUGUUAUGUUAGAUUAUUUUAUCCCAUGUCUAUUAUUUGUAUAUUACAGGAUGGCAAACACAUCUGAUACUCCUUCCUCCUAUUUUCCCCACCCAACAACCCUGUGAGGUUGUUGGGGUAAGAGAGAGUGACUGGCCAAACCUGUAGCCAGGCUAUUUUGUCAUAUCUAUACUGUGGUUUCCUGUCUUGUAAAUGGAUUUUGUACAAGAUGUUUUGGGAUUCCUGUUUUUCCCAGGGACAUUCCACAGCUAGACUCAACACAAUCAAAUGAUUUUCUAUAACCAAUAAAGCAUAUAUUGACUUCUUUUUA